AUGGCGGACCCGUUAUACUGCCUACGGGGUGCCACUAUAGCAAUCGCUGUUUGGAAUAUAAUUUACUGCUUCAUCCAAUUUGGAAUAUUGGGAUGGCAAUUUCAGGUGGUGAAGAAUAUUCUGGCUGAAUAUGAGAAUCGACAAUUGCCGGCCACUGGGGCAAUCGAUGGCUUCCAGGCGAGAUUUCCAGGUUUGUAUCAGAUCUAUACAGAAACCCCGGAGCGGCGGAGAGCUAAUGCCAUGUAUGUCAUCAUAAUUGUCUGCGUUAUCUUUUCCAUCCUCAACCUCCUUACCUCUGCGUUACUGCUCUAUGCAGCAUAUAAGUACCUAAAAGUGCUCAUUUGGCCAUGGUUUGGAACGUCGGUCCCGUUGUGUAUUAUGACUACGGCCUAUGCGGUGCUAUGGUGGAGUGGGGACGUCUUCAAUGAGCAAUUGACAAUGUCGAUUUUUGAAUUUGUCAUGUCAGUGGCUGUCAAUGUCAUCACCAUCAUCGUAGUUAUUGUCUUCUUCUCUCGUCUCUCCGGCUCUCUCCUCUCCACACGUCCCAAACAUUCAAAAAGAAGACGUCGGAAACACGUGACAAAAGUGUACCUAGAUCCAUGGGACGCUAAAAGACACUCCAGAUCACAUCACCACCAUCACCAUAGAUCCCAUUCCUACACCCGACCUUCCAACCCUCCACAACUCCAAUUAGAGCCACCUGAGCCAAUUGUUACUCAUGCUGCUCCAUACUUGGCUCUGGAUAAUACGGCCCUGUUCACACCAAAACCAAAAGGAGACUUGAUUCCAGAAGGAAUUCCAGAUUGGAGACGAGAAUGGCCAUCAGUGCCUGAUGUUCAAUUGCAGAGACAUUUGAAUCAGAAGAGGAAGGAGGAUAUGAAGCGCAUGGGGUAUAAUGUGCCACCGGGACCAGGAGGAGGAGGACCAAGUACUAAACUCGACUUCUACGCACCCGAACCAGACCAAAUCGGCUUCCCAUGGAAGUACAAGACGUUGAAUGACAAUUUGCGCGAGAAGAAAGAGACGCAGGCGGAGAGAAUCAAGAAGCUCUACUACCAACACUGGCCCGAAGAUCUGCCAAAUAUGCCAAUGGAAAUGCGGCGACGAAUGCAGGAUGAACGCGAGAAAUUGGAGAUGGAGGGCAAAUUCGUCGGGGCAAAGUUGCCCUUUCCGUUUUCAGUUGCCAUCAAAUGA